GGAAGAAGGAGAAGCCGUUUCUCUCUUCUUCUUUUUCCAUCCUCUCUCUCCCUUCUCAUCUCACAUCCCUGCAAAACACAAAAAAAAUCUUAAUAAAAGGAGAAAAUUUCCAGGGAAUUUUUGGUGCAACUUGAAGAGAGAUUUCAGCUGGUAUUGAAGGAUUUACUCGUGAAUUGAGUUUCUAAGGCCUGGAAUUCGAUCUGUGGAUUGAUUUUUUUGUUUCGAUUUCCUCUUGCCGUUUGUGCGCGUUUCUGUUCCGCCCGUGCAUUCUGGUGAAUCCAGAUGUGAUUUUCAAGUCCAUCUGAAGUUCUAGAUCAGAUUCCCAUGAGAAGAUCGGAAAUUUCGGAGAAGCUUUGAGCACUGGAGUUCGGUGACGGUGAUGGCUCCAUUCUACUGAAAACGGAGUCUGGAAAGUGAAGAAAUCGGAAAUCUAUCUGCUGAUUGUUCUUUGAUGAUAUAGACUGAAGAACACAUCUCUGGGAAUUUUUGUGAACAUUCCGAUUUGGAAUCUGGGAAGAGCGUAAAUUUACUCGCCUUCUCUGAAGAGCUGAAAGUUUCAGGCGGCAGAUGGAGAAGAAUUACAGAGAAGGAUUGCUACUGAGAUCAACGACGCUUCAUCAUCAUCAUCAUAAACGGAGUGAAGCCAGGUCAGCGGGUAAUACGACGUCGCAUGAUUUCGUUUUGCAGUGGGGGAGCCGGAAGAGGCUACGGUGCGUGAAGGUGCCCCACAAGAACCCUGGCUUCGCGCGUGCGGAUCACGACGAAAACAGUGAACCGUCCGGUUCGUCUCCGGCACAGAGAGCGACCGGUCGAGCUGAUCGCCGCGUUUGUAGAUCCGACCCGAAUAAGGACUCCUCGCACCUUCUGCAGCACGGCGGUAACCGCUAUUUGAACCUCCGUCAACGGCAGGCGUCUCCCGGACUUCGUAAUCUCAGGAAUUGUGAGACUUCAACUCCUGCAAUGAGAGAAAGGAGCAACGGGUUGAGGAAUUUGGCUUCUUCCCCUGCCGAUCAUAAGAAAAGUGGUGGCGCACAUAACAAUCUCAGGCCCAGCCCCCACGGCGAUAACAGCCAACACCGCCACGGCGGCGGUGGGUCGGUGUCGUCGGAGACGGCCCACGAGAGCAAGAGAGGUGGCGGUUCUUCCUCCGGAAGCGAUGUGGUUCCGGGUGUGUGGCCGCCUAAGUUUGUGAUCGCGCUCACAAAUAAGGAGAAGGAAGAGGACUUCAUGGCGAUCAAAGGAUCCAAACUCCCUCAGCGCCCCAAAAAACGUGCCAAGUUUGUCCAGCGUACCCUCAAUCUGAUUAGUCCUGGAGCGUGGCUUUGUGAUCUUUCCCUCGAACGAUAUGAAGUAAGAGAGAAAAAGGUCUCAAAGAAGAGACCAAGAGGGUUGAAGGCAAUGGGCAGCAUGGAGUCUGAUUCAGAGUGAGAGAAAACAAAGCAAUUUGAAAAAGAGGGAAUGGAAAAAAGGGUAAAAUCUGUAUGUACUUAUUUUGUAUUUCAGGGGGGUUCAGCUCCAGAAAUAAUGAAAUUUGUAAAAGAAUCAUAUGGUAAUGGUAUACUACUCCAUUUCUUUUUCUUCUUUUUGGAAGUAGAUAUGAAUACCAGCUCAGUAUAUAAAAGUUCUUCACUUUU